ACCGAUUGAAGCCGUUGAAGCUACCGAUGAAUCUAAUAUGAUAACCGUUGAAGCUACCGAUAUUGCAAAUAUGCGAAUGGAUGUAGAUCCAUCAAUAUUCAUUAUAAACAAUGCGAAUGCUGCAAAUCAACCUAAUUACGUGUUGUCACACAAUUCAGCUGUUGGAUAA